UCGGGCUAUCUCGCUGCGUCGUUGCGUCUUACUCUGACCCGAAAUGGGUGCCGACCAUGUCUUCGGCUGCCAAACAAGGGUCUUUUGAAUCUUGACGUUGUGGCCCAAGACUCCGCGUGCUCCCUUCAAUUCCGCAUCAAAGGAUGGACCUCUUGUUAGUAUUAAAGUAGUUUGGACUCCCGCAAGCCCGGGAGGGCAUCUGUUUCUACUACUGACGUCUUCUUAUUUUCUUCCGCUGAGCUUCGAGCUUCUUCUACCCCCUCUGCUCAGAUAUCCUUCCCGUAGUCCCUUCCCUUUCCUUCCAGUCUUCUCUGAUCUUUCUCAUUGUCAAUUCACCUCCUGGGGCGUCUCGCACGGGGUCCUCUUCGUGCGUUCCAUCCUCCAUAGACAAUCACACACAGGAAAAUGGAGGACAAGUACGACAUCGUAAUAAUAGGCGCCGGCCCCGUGGGCCUGAUGCUCUCCACCUGCCUCGCCCGCUGGGGCUACCGAAUAAAGCACAUUGACAACCGACCUGAACCCACUCCCACCGGCCGCGCCGACGGCAUCCAACCGCGCUCCCUCGACCUGCUCCGCAACAUGGGCCUGAAGCGGAAAAUCAUGGCGCACGACCCCGCAAAAGUAUACGAGGUCGCCUUCUGGGAUCCCAAUUCCAAGGGCAUCCACAGGACAGGCACAUGGGCUUCGUGCCCCAAAUUCAUCGACGCCAGAUACCCCUUCACUACGCUCUUGCACCAGGGCCUUAUCGAGCGCGUCUUCAUCGAGGACCUCGAGAAACACGGCGUACAGGUUCAGCGGCCGUGGACAAUUACGGGGUUCAAGAACGAUGGCAAGGAUCCCAGCUACCCGGUUGAGGUACGCUUGGCGCACGUGGAUGGCACGCUAUGCGAGACGGUGAGGGCGAAGUAUCUGUUCAGCGGCGAGGGGGCGAGGAGUUUUGUGAGGGAUCAGCUAGGCAUCAAGAUCAGGCACAAGGACCCCAUUGCGCACGUCUGGGGGGUCAUGGACGGGGUGGUGCGGACGGAUUUUCCAGACAUCAAGAUGAAAUGCACCAUCCACUCCGACGCCGGCUCCAUCAUGGUCAUCCCCCGCGAGAACAACAUGGUCCGCUUAUACAUCCAAAUCGCCUCAUCAACAGACCCCGACUGGCACCCGCGCAGGACGGCCACGGCAGAAGAAGUGCAGCGCCGCGCCCAGGCCAUCCUAAAGCCCUACUCCAUCACCUGGGACCGCGUGGAAUGGUACUCGGUCUAUCCGAUCGGCCAGGGCAUCGCGGAGCGCUACACGCUCGACGAGCGCAUCUUCAUGGGCGGCGACGUCUGCCAUACGCACUCGCCGAAAGCAGGCCAGGGGAUGAACACGGCCUUCCUAGACGCAGUCAACCUCGCCUGGAAAAUCCACCACGUAGAAGCCGGCUUCGCGCCGCGCAGCCUCCUGUCGACGUACGAAUCCGAGCGCAAACUCAUCGCCGAAAACCUCCUCGCCUUCGACGCCAAAUACGCCAAACUCUUCUCCUCGCGGCUCCCCUCGGCGGGCGAGGUGGCCGAUGCGUCGCAGCAGGGCCAGGGCCAGCACCAGCAGCAGGAGGAGAACGAAUUCGUCAAGACUUUCAAGGCCAGCUGCGAAUUCACCUCGGGCUACGGCGUCGCGUACCAGCCCAACGCCAUCAACUGGUCCGCCUCGCACGCCGCCCAACACCCGCUCUUCCUCUCCGUAGACAAGGGAACCACGACCCAGCGGCCGGGCCGCAUCAUGACGCCCGCGACCGUCACGCGCGUCGUCGACGCCAACGUGGUGCACCUCGAGCAGGAGAUCCCCCUCAACGGCUCCUACCGCAUGUACAUCUUCGCGGGGCAACCCGAACGCACGCGCACCGCGCUCCGGGACCUCGCGGCCGCCCUCUCGAACCCCAAGAGCUUCUACCACGCCUUCCGCUACUCGGGCGCGCUCGCCCAAAAGGAUAGGUACCACGAACCGCAUAACCCGCACUCGGCCUUCAUCUCGGUGUGCACCGUCUUCCAUGCUCCCCGCGCGCAGAUCGAAAUCGCCACGCUCCUGCCGGAUUUGUUGGCGGCGUACAAGGAUCACGUCUACGCGGACGAUGUGUGGGAUGCGCGUGUGCCUGAGGCGAAGGCCGCGGCGCAUGCGAAGAUGGGGCUGUGCGAGGAGAGGGGUGGGGUUGUGGUUGUGAGGCCUGAUGGGUAUGUGGGUUGUGUGGUUGGGUUGAGGGAGGGAGGGGGUACAGCCGAGGCGUUGGAGAGGUAUUUUGGGGUGGUGACGGGGAGGGAGGUGAGUAAAGGGGAGAGGGCUGUGUUGUAG